AUGACCCGCCUCAUCUUGGCGGCACUCGCCGCCUCCGCGGCGGUGUUGACUGCUGAGCAGGUAUCUGCAGGUUUCAUGCCAGUACACGAUGGCAAGAAGACGCCUAUGUAUUCCAAGUCUAAGGGCCCUCCUCCUCCCCAGGAGAUCUGCCAGACCAUUCCGGUGCAAGUUGACUCUGUCUGCUUCGAGAAUGUACCUUUCAAGGAGGCGUAUGUAUGCCCUCAGGUAGUUGAAAAGCAGGUUUGUGAAAAGGUUCCUGUAGAGGUGGCAGACACUUGCUACAAGCCGACCACGGCUUUAGAGGCUUAUGAUUGCAAAAAAGAAGUCAAGAAAGAAGAAUGCAAGAUGGUGCCAAAACAGUGCUUCAAAACCAUAACCGAGCAGGAAGAAUACGAAUGUGAGGAAGAACAGUGUGAAACUGUGGUGAAGAGAAUCCCCCAGACUUGCUUCAAGAAAAAGAACGCUAAGGAGAACUACCCGUGCAUGAAGCACAAAAAGCAGAAGGUCUGCCAAGAGGUACCUCAAGAAUAUGAAAGCACAUGCUUCCAGGAGGAGACUCAGCAAGAGCUGGUUCCCUGCAAAGGCAAAGAGGAAGGCAGCGCUGUCAGCUUUGAAGAGAAGUGCAGCAUGGUGCCGAAGGAGGUGGAGGCGACAUGUGAGCGGCAGGUUAUGGCCCAACAAGAGUACCAGUGCAUGAAGAGGGAAAAGCGCCGGGACUGCGAAGUUGUACCUCAGAAGGUGACAGAGAUGUGCGAGGAGAUCGUGGAGGAACAGAAACCGUACAAGUGCAAGAAGAAACAGAUGGCCCAGAAAUGCAAAAUGGAGAAUGUCAGCGUGCCUUCUACUUGCGAAAAGAAGAAGGGCGACAAAACUGAAUAUUAUGAAUGCGAGAAGAAAGUCAAACAAGAGGUGUGCAAGGAUGUGGAGGAGAACGUCGACGCCGUUUGCUACCAGCUUGUCUCUUCGAAACAGACGGUUCCUUGCAAGAAGAAAAAGAUGGGCGAGGUGUGCGUAGAGAGGGAGGUCGAGGUGCCCAGCACUUGCUUCCGUGAGGUGCCUGUCAUGGAACCCUAUCCUUGCAUGAAGACGGUUGAAGUGCCAAACUGCAUCAAGAUCCCCAUGUGCCCAAGGGUUCAUACCCACAAGAAGGCAUACCCAUGCAUGGAAACCAAAAUGAAGCAGGAAUGCCACGUUGAAGAGGUGCCGUACGAAGACACCUGCACUCGUCAGUUCACUGAAGAGCAGCCUUACGACUGCAGCAAAGAGGUCAAAUCCAAGGAGUGCAAGAUGGUGCCCAAAGUUUGCAAGCGAAAAGUCUCAAGAGAUGUCGCCUUUGAAUGCAGCGAGAGAGUCUGCGAGAAGGUCAGCCAGCCCCAGGCCUGCUACAGGAAGGUCAAGGGCAAGGAGGCUUAUCCUUGCACGCGCACAGAGUAUAAGGAGCAGUGCCACAUGGAACAGCAAGUCAUGAGCAAGACUUGCUACAGCCAAGGAAUGAAACCUCAGCAGUACCCAUGCAAGGAAACCAAGUACGAGACAAUCUGCAAGCAGAUCCCCUCCAAAACCCCUGUGGUCAUCCCAGCCCCUCUCAGGAAGGAGAAAGAGAAAGAAAAGAAGGCCAAGAAGCUCUGA